AUGGCCGACGACGGCGGCGGCUGGCAGCCGCCGCGCCCCUGCGAAGCCUACCGCGCCGAGUGGAAGCUGUGCCGCAGCGCCGGGCACUUCCUGCACCACUACUACGUCCACGGCGAGCGGCCGGCGUGCGAGCAAUGGCGCCGCGACCUGGACAGCUGCCGCGAGUGGGAGGAGCGCCGGAGCGCCGAGGCCCAGCGAUCCCUCUGUGAGAGCGAGCGUGGGAGAGUCCAGGCUGCAAGAAAGCACACCCUCGUGUGGACCCUGAGACAGAGCCCCCCUGCAGACUGGCAUCUCCCUCUGGAGAAAGACGAGUGA